AAAGGAAUCUCGAGCCGCCAUAAGACAAGAUCCAAUAAAAAUGCUUCUGAGGAGGUCACCGCUUCAGCUUCAGCAACUGGACACUUGUUUUCACCCUUCUCAGACGGCCCUGAUAGAGACUUAGAAACUACUAUCAACAACGUCCACACCAACCACAUCGAACACCACAAACUAUCAUUCCGUCAUGGUUUGCCCCACCUCAACUUGACACCAUUAUCAGGCAGCAGCUCAUCUCCACUGUCUGAACUCAAUCAAGAAAAGGGUAGUUAAUUUGCGAUUUGACAGCUUUCGAAGAGCUUGGUCGGAUAUCAACUUGGAAAAUUUAGUCUAUACAUCUUGUGAUCAAGAAGAGUUUCAUAACUCGACUACCACACCAAACAAGUUUCAAUAUAGACAUCACAAGAGAAUGUUGCUUUCUUCACUUUCUUUAUCAAUAUUUAACAAAAAUGAAGGGCCAGAGGAUGAAGAACAAAGUGGACUAGAUAUGAGAACAGAAGAGGAAUUGAUGAGAACUAUUACUAUUGGAGAAAACAUAGAAUCUAUUGGUAGUGGGGAUUUCAGUUUUGGAAAGAAGAGCAUGGGGUUAAUAGAAGAGGAAGGAGAGGAGCAGAAACAAGGUUCAGAUGGGAUUGAGAAUUUUGAUAAUGAAGAAGUAAAGGAUCCGGUUAGUCCUUCCAUGUAUCUUGCUGGAGGGCUUGGGAUUGAUGAUAUAGAUUUCGGUGGUGAUAGUGGCGGCGGCGGCGGCGGCGGCGGCGGCGGUUUUCAUUUAAGUGUUCCAAACUUUGACGAGGGUGGUGAUGCGGAAGAGUACUUUAAGAAAAUGAUUGAUGAGUAUCCCUGCCACCCUUUGCUUCUAUCAAACUAUGCUCGGUUCUUGCAGUCUAAGGGAGAGCUUCGUGGAGCUGAGGAAUAUUAUCAUCUUGCCACACUGGCAGAUCCUACAGAUAGUGAAAUUCUGAUGCAGUACGCGAAACUGGAAUGGGAGCUGAACCAUGAUCAAGGCAGAGCAUUAGUUAACUUUGAACGUGCAGUUCAGGCAGCCCCUCAGAACAGCGAUGUUCUUGCAGCUUAUGCCAGUUUUCUCUGGGAAAUAGAAGACGAUGGGGAAGGGGAUACAUCUCAACCAGAAUACAUCCAGCUUCCAUCUGAGCUUAAUAUUGACGUGGAAGACCAUGCUGCAUCUGAUGCCAACGAGGGUGGCAAUGCUGAGGAGUAUUGUAGGAGGAUGGUUGAGGAGAAUCCUUGCAACUCUUUGGUUCUAAAAAAUUAUGCUGAGUUUCUGUAUCAGUCCAAGAGAGACCUUGAAGGGGCUGAGGAAUACUACUCCCGAGCCAUACUGGCUGAUCCUAGUGAUGGUGAAAUCCUGUCGCAGUACGCAAAAUUGGUGUGGGAACUUUAUCAUGAUCAUGAUAAAGCCUUGAGUUUCUAUGAGGAAGCAGUUCAAGCAACUCCUUCGGACAGCAAUGUUCUCGCGGCGUAUGCUAGUUUCCUAUGGGAAACAGAAGAAAAUGAAGAAGAUAGCACAAGUCAGUUUCAGAUCCCCAAUCACCAUGAAGGUGCUGCAGCAGCUGCCAAUGCAUAAAUAAUAAGCCAGGAGUAUAGUUACUAAUACUUUAUCGGAAGUAAAACAACAAUAAUGUGUUAAGAUGGAAGCUCCAACUGAAUAAAUUAAAAUAUUAUUAAAACUGAGAGAAAUUGCGACCAAAUUAACAGCAUUUUCUGAUCUUUUCCAUCUGCUUUAUUCAGUUCCCAGCAGUCUAGAACAACAUUUCUGUAACAUCAGAGGGUUUCCGUUAUAUUUACAGAUAUAGUGUUGUGUGUUGUAUGCA